AUUUAGUCCCAGCAACAACCCGGCCAUAGGCUUCUGCGACAUGAUUCGGCUGGUGGAUUUCCCGAAUAAGGCCUGCCCUACUCCGUAGUACAUCUCGAGAUCGACAGUGGUUGCUCCGCUCCAGACCAUUGUCCCAGGUCAUGAUGCCCCACGACAAAUCCUUGGGGUCUUUCCCCAUUCCUUCCAUUUCACCUUUUCUUAACAUCAUCACAUAGAUAUAGUACUUAUCGACUUCCCAAAUUUUCGAAUAAUGAGUCGCAGCAGCCAGCAAAAUGAUUCUCGUCGGCAUAUACCCCAUGAUUCCAUGACCAGGACACUUGCGCAGGCAGAUAUAGGGGUUGCGAAACAGGAACCUUUGAGACAUAAAGUUUGCAAUGCAUGCCGUCGCAAGAAACAGGGUGGCGACUUCAGCGCAACGCUCAGAUGCUCUACGUGUCGAGAGCGACGAGCUUCUGGUACGCGCAAUGAGGAGAGAUACAGGGCAGAUAUGAGAAGGUACUGUAGAACUGAAGUGUCAAUAUUAUGUUUUUGCAGGGGCAAAAGUCUUACAUGCUGAGUGAAGACGUGUGAUGAUCAACCGACUGGAAACGAACAUCGAACGGAUGGAGUCUCGAUUAUACGAUAUGGGGCUUAGACUGGGCGAGAGUAACACGACUGCUACUCAAGAAUUUCUGUGCUCAAAUGUCCCUGUAUUAGAACGCUCCGAUAAUAAUACCGCAAGUGACCCGGGGUUUGGAAAUUUUUGCGCUGGCCGGGAGCCAAACCUCAUGGGCAAUACUAGCAGUACUGGUGCUAAUCCGGGCAUAGUAUUCUCAUACAAAAACGUAGAGAAUUGGCCGCCGUGUCUUGCAUCUUUUUCCAUUCCGCGGUCGUUGGUCGAUGUACCACUUGCAGGAGGUUUCUCGGCUAUCUCUCAAAAGGGGUUGGAGUGGAUAUCUCAAAAAGUUGGAAACAUGUCGUUAGGGAAUCUCUCGUCAUUACUGUCGGCGAAAGACCUUGAUGGAAAUACAACCAAUGGUCCUCUCGAUGGCGCAUUCCCCAGCCGAGUGUUUUGCUCACUGCCAACAAAAGAGGAGAUUGUCUCCCUCGUGCAAGACUACAUCGAGGACUUUAAUAUGCUGUUCCCAAUUUUUCAGCGGUCCGAGCUGCUAUCUCUCUUCAGUCAAAAACGCUUGGACAUGAGAGUUCAAACACCAAGCCAAUGGGCCUGCAUAAACGCAGUCCUAGCAACAGCAUACAUGAUCCGCCCUCGAGAUGAAGGAUCUGGGGCAGAUCAUCAUCAGAAAAGCUGGUUGUUCAUCCAAAAUGCCUUAGAAAUGGUGAAUGAGCUCUGCCUUGGCCCACCAGACCUUUUGGGUCUCCAAGCGCUCCUCCUAGUGGCUACCUUUCUUCUGGGAACGUCGGCUGAGACUCCUUGUGGCUUUUUGGUCUCUGCUGCUAUUCGCAUCUGUCACGAACUCGGCUUGGGCAAGACAGAAGAUGGUUCUCCCUUGUGUUCGGAAGAGAUCCAGCACAAGCGGACAGUAUUUUGGAUCGCUUAUUGCUUAGAUCGAGAACUAUCCCUUCGGUUCUGUGAACCGCCAGCGCAAAGCGAUGAAGACUUCAGCGCGACUUUACCAAUGGACGCACCAACCGACAGCAAGUAUGAUAUGCCAACUAGUGAUCUAUCUGGGAAUUUCAAUGCGUUCCGGUCAACUUGCCAACUUGCUAUGAUCAAGGGGCAACUUUAUAGGGACCUUUACUCCCCCGCUGCGGAGGAUCGGCCACUGAGCCAGGUCGUCGCUUCAGUCGGAGUGUUAGACGAGAAGCUCCAAGAGUGGAAACGAAGCAUUCCGCCAGAAUAUCAGCCUGAAAAGGCCGUAGCUGAUGGCCACCGGUCAAAAAUAUCGCCUGUGUUGCUCCUGCUACAUUAUUCGUACUUCCACUGCAUGAUUGCAGUUCACCGUCGUGUUGCCGCCCGGGGACUGAGCAUCGGGACAGAUCUUAUGGAGAAGGAUGACUUUACAAGCUCGCCCGCCUCGUUAUCCAAUCCCAGGGUGUUGCUGUCUACGUCACUCUGCACCAAAGCCGCUAGAGCAGCUAUCAAGCUUACAAAAUAUUUGUCGCAGGAGAAUACACCUUUUUUGGGGUCUUUGAUCUAUUACCCAAUGAUUGCGUCAAUGACGCUUUCAUGGAGUAUCAUACGUAACCCGCAAGAUGCUUAUCGAGGAUACAAUUUGAAGUUAAUUGACCGGACGGAGGAGUUUCUGUCCUCUCACACUUUCUGCAAAGCCUUUGAGGGAAUACAGCGCCUUGUGAAGCAGUGCGCUGAAUACCGCUCUAUUGCGGAAGCUGCAGUGAAGGCCACAAUGUAGGUAUGCUAUGCUGCCGGCCUGGUUCAACCAGGCACCAUUAAUGAACUGCAGCCCAUAAAAGAGAACCAUUCUUGCAGUGUAGCAAAGAUGGCAACUGCCUGCGGAUCAGAUAACCGUCACCUCUCGCCUUUGAGGCGGACAUACUCAGCUGGUCUGUGCGCAAAUAAUCUAAGUGCACUAACCAGUGACUAGAAGGGUCUCGUGUUUGCAGGCCUAAUUUUUUACUCGAAGAUAUGUAGACAGGUUUUAGUUCUUUAGCCAGCUGCAGUGUAUUCCGUUGCAAGGCAUGAAGCGGGUCUCUUCCACAGUUAGGUUCACGGGGUGUAUGGUUGACUUAGGGAUUCGUCAAGGCCAACAUUAGCCAUGACCACCUCGUAAGGCUGAUUGACCUUAUUGUUCGCUUUAGGACUACUCACCUCUCCGCGGCGUUAUUAUGAUGGAAAUUUUUGAUGAAUAUACCCAGUGCGGGCGAGUAUGAACGGUGGAGUGUAUAUUAGUUACGUGACCAAGGAGCAAUAUAUAUAAUGACCUUG